UCUUUUCAAAUGUUUCUUUUUUUUUUUGUCACAAUUUGGGAAAGAAAAAAGAACCUGAUGAAGCCAGAUCAGAGUUCCCCAUCUAAACGUACAUGUGGUAGGCUUCUCUGUCUUUUUUUUUUUUUCCUCUGAGUGUGUUGGUUGGUGCUUUUUCAUGGUGGCGCUGGAACUUGCCUCUGUGUUUUGGCUGGUAGUAGUCUUUAGCGUUCCAAAAAACUCCUUCACAAUCGCUGGCAGUAACCGACACUGACAUUCAGGAAAACAAAAAACUGAUUUUUCCUCCUCAGACUCUGUCGCCGUCACCUUUUGAACUGACCUUUCUGCUGGUUCACGGUUUCUUGUUGAACCCUGAUACCAUUUUUAUUAUUAUUAUUGGGUUUUCAGUUUGAUGACAACAACAAUAACAAAGGGGAGAAAAAAGACACCAGCAACUAGCAGUGAGUGCUGCAAUAAAGAAACAUCUAGGUCUAAGAAGCACCAGCGUCAGAGUCAGACUGACUGUAGGGAGGGUUGGCAGGUUAAUGAGUCCGUUUGUGAACACACCAAAGUGUGUAAUGUUUAAAUUCAGGGGUUUUUUUUAUUUCAGUUGUGGAAAUGUUACACCAAGUCUUCUAAAAUGGUUUCCAGGCUGGAUUAUUUUGGAUCCACAGAACUCAAAAGCCUCCCUGUGGAGUCGAAUGUAAUUACAACAAAAAUGUGCAAUUUAAACUGUGGAAUUGUUGAACGAAUCCUGGAAGUUUGACUCUGAGGAAAACAACUUCCCGGCUCAACAUUCUCCAAAUUCCAGAUCCAAACAGGUGUGACGGCAUCACUUUUAACAUGCGGGAUGAGAGAGGCUGUGGUACACACACCUUCUUUCUCUCUCCUUCUCUCUCUUCCUCUCGCUCCCCCUCUCUCUCUGUCUCUCUCCCUCUCUCUCUCUCUGCAUGUGUUCUCGUCAGACAUUCUUAAUCCUACGUGCGUUCUUACGGGUCAUGAAGAGUCAAUGAGACGUGUAGCAUGACUCGAAUCCGCCGAGAUUUGAUGACGUGGGCUGAAGCAGAAUAAACGCAGAUGAUGAACGGAGGCGCCAGUGCGCAGCUCCAACACUGUAAUCUGACAGUCUCCUCAGCAGCAUCACUGAAGAAAAGGACCUCAUACCUGCAGAGCUGAAAUCAUCUGCCGAAAGUUGCAUUUAAGACCAUUUUCGCCCUAAAUCAUUGUCUUAAUGGAAUACUGUUUGGAGUCUGUGACCAGGGUCGGGAUGCUGACUCUAGCGCUGGGUCUGCUCCUCCUGCUCAGUGGACACUCCGUGCGGACGGAGGAUGCCACAGGUAGCCGCUUCGUCUGUAACGCUCUCCCCCCGGGUGCCGAGCCAGGCUGCGGCUAUUUUGCAACGGGAAACCGCGUCCAGAGCAGCAGCCCCGUGGAGGACGAGCUGCGGAACACGAUCCUCCAGCUCCGGGAGACCAUCCUCCAGCAGAAGGAGACCAUCGUGAGCCAGCAGGGAACCAUCAAAGAGCUCAACUCCAAGCUGGCGCGCUGCGAGUCAGCGGCGGCAGCUGCUGCUGAAGUGUCGCCUCAGGGCAAGAGCCGGGGUCAGAGCUCCAGACGGAAGGAGCUGGGCAAGAACACGAUGGGCGACCUGCCCCGGGACCCCGGUGAGACCAUAGAUCAGCUCGGAAAGACCAUGCAGAGUCUCAAGGGUCGGCUGGAGAACUUGGAACAACAAAGUUUGCGUCUUCCCAUCACAAACCUCUCAGCUGGAGGGGUCGCCGCGCUGACUCCUCUGCCACGAGACCUGCGGGAGCUCCUGCGGCAGCGUCUGGAAGUCCUGGAGACUCAGCUCCUUCGUAAGGUGGCUGAGCUGGAGGAGGAGAAGAGCCAGCUCUACAAUGAAACGGCGGCCCACCGCCAACGCACAGAAAGCGCUCUCAAUUCCCUUCUGGAGAGGAUCACCGAGCUGGAGAAAAACAACAACGCCUUCAAGUCACCUGAGGACUUCAAGGUGUCCCUCCCGCUGCGAACCAACUACCUGUACGGCCGCAUCAAGAAGAGCCUCCCGGAAAUGUAUGCCUUUACCAUUUGUAUGUGGCUGAAGUCCAGCGCCAGUCCUGGUAUUGGAACGCCGUUCUCCUACGGUGUUCCUGGUCAGGCCAACGAGAUCGUCCUGAUAGAGUGGGGGAACAAUCCCAUCGAGCUCCUGGUGAAUGACAAGGUGGCCCAGCUGCCCCUGUCCCUGAGUGACGGACGCUGGCAUCACAUCUGCAUCACCUGGACGACCAGAGACGGUUUCUGGGAGGCGUACCAAGACGGCGAGCGUCUGGGCACCGGUGACAACCUGGCCCCCUGGCACCCAAUUAAACCUGGUGGGGUAAUCAUCCUGGGCCAGGAGCAGGACAUCGUCGGAGGCCGGUUUGAUGCCACGCAGGCCUUUGUGGGUGAACUCAGCCAGUUCAACAUGUGGGACCGGGUACUGCGCCCCGUGGACAUCGCAGGUCUGGCCAACUGCUCAGCCUACAUGCCCGGCAACGUGGUUCCGUGGAUUGAUGCGAACGUGGAAGUGUUUGGUGGAGCGAGCAAAGCUGCCCUGGAGAUCUGCGAAGAUCGUGCGUUUGAUUCCUAAAGGAUGUAAUGUCAAGAGCUAAGUAUUCUGACUGUUUUCUGCCAAACCCCAAAGGAAAAAGUCUCGUUAUGUUGUACGUGUUUUUUUUUAAGGCUCACGUGUUAAUUUGUUGACCCGGAUUUACCAGUGAAGACCCUGCAGGACGUGUGUAAAGAUUUGCCAUUCCAUCACUCUGUUUUUUUCUUUCCCUCCUCAGUAGAUCAUCUUUCAUGUGAACCCUCUCUGAAAGGAGAUCAUUUUUAGCUGCAACCCCAACACUGUGCUAACGCUGCACUGUAUCUGUAGUGAAUGUGAACUCAAACAGACUUUGAUGCGCCGUGGAACGGCACUCCUGACGAACCACUGCUGCACGCUGUGAGCUUCCUCCUUGUUUGAAGCUCAGUUAAAUAAGACAGACGUCCAUGAGUUCAGAGCAGCCAGGAGAAACCAGCCAGGGUUUGUUUUCAAGCACCCAAAAAAAUUGCUGAUUGUCCGACUCGUGUGCAGCUCAGAAGUGACACUGCAUGCGUUCUGUCAAUACACAGAGAGUGUGUGGUCUGUCCAAACAUGCCAAAACAGCGUCAGGGGAGAGUGCGUGACCGUGUGUCCGUGUGUGCAUGUCUGUGUGCAUAUGACCCGUCCUGCCUGUGAAAAGAAGAUCAGAGAUGAUGAGGCGGGGAGGACGUUUUCAUUCUUGUGAAUCUAUGUUUAAUACCUCUCUCCCCUGGAGCAGCUGCCAUGUCCCUAACAGCUUUAUGGAUGGCUUGGCUCUGCCCAGGUUAACAGCAGUGUCGGACAGCUGCCCACUGUUGGCACAUCGACAGUGCUGUGGACAUUAGCAAAGGGGCCCAGUGAGGACAGGGACUAGUUUUGACCUUCAAGGACAAUCCUUAAUUCCUCAUCUGCGUAGUGAUGAAUACGUCUGGCUCCGGUCCAAACCUGGUUCUUUAAAAAAAAAAACAAAGCCCUCUGUCAGAGGUAGGCAGAGUGGAGCAGGAACCUGUGGGCAUUAUGAAUGUCUGUGAAAUGCACUUUGAUGUCAUUUAGCUCUAAAAGAAUCAUGAAUACGAUAUAUUUUUAAAGAAAUAGAAAAAUCAAGUCGGUCUGACACAGUGUGGUGAAGAAAAAUGACACGUUUGCAGCUUCGGUUUCGUCAGUCCUCAAUGUUGCUGUGAUGGUUGCUUUUCUGUUUUGUUUUUGUUUACUGUGUAAAAUAGUGAAAACUAAGCCUGGUGAUAAAGUUCCAUGAUGUAGAAGAGAAAACAAGGAUGUGAAUCCUGUUGUCACCUCCAGAGUUUUAUUCUGUGGACUUUACUAAUGGGGUUAAAAAAAGAGUACUUAAAGAGGUUCUAUUUACUUUAAAAAAAAUACACACAGCACCCAGCCAGCAUGCCUGUGUGGACCCUGAAUAUGUUCAAGUACAGACAGAGAGUGGAUUUAAGCAGCACCGAUAGAGUAUGUGGGUCAGAUUUGGUUUUACCAACAGAAAUGCUGUUUCCUUCAAACCGAUGUGAGAGCGGGUAUUUUUAUUUGUGUACACACACAAUACCAAGUGCCAAUAUGGAUACUUCUUCAUCAUGGGUUUCAAUAAAUGUGAAAAUAACUGGAAGAAGAUGUUAUUUCACUUUAACAGCUGUGUGUUAACUAGUGAUGACAUCCCAGUGGUGACACCCAGGGUCACUGCUGGCUGGGUGAUGUGUUACUGGACAGCAAAGAAUGUUACGUUAAAAAAACAGAGUGGCUCACUUUAAUAUGUUACCAACAUGUUGUAAAUGUUGUCAUGUGAAGUCAGAGGGUUUUGUUUUUUGUUUCUUUUUUUUUUUUUCUGGCCCGGGGUUUUUGUCCAUUCAGAGCAACAAACUAUGUUCAAAUGUAGCAGAAGUAGUUAAAAAAAACCCAGAAGCUUCGUAACAACGGUGAAUGGCCUUUUGUGAGAACCACGUGUGCUUUCGCUUGUUCCAGUUUGAGUAUCUUGUCUGUACAGACGCUGAGAGAAACGCCAUGAAAACAAAAAUGCAUUUGAACGUUCUCUUCGUCCACUAGGGUGCAUUUUUUUUCCACUUCCUGCCAUGGGACUGGAGAGUGGAUGUGUGUGUGUGUGUGUGUCGACAAUUAAAUUUUCUACGCACUGCUUCAGUGAUGAAUCUGGAGUGGAACCGUGCUGAGGUCACACACAUGUCUGCACUUCAUCCUUGACCUUUAAUGAGGAUUAAAGUUCUCUAUUUUACUGCA